UCUAGGAGGGGCUUCACAGUGACCUCAUACUUCAUAUAUUGUAAGCCUGAACCGGCAUUUACUAAAUAUUCUGCCUUUAAUCUAACCGCAGUGCAACGAAAGCUUACAUCUAUUCAGCAUCUGUCAAUUUGACCUCUGUAUCCUUCACAAAUCCAACGCGCGACGCAGAGCUCUAAGGAUGAAGAUUGAAAACAGCCUGCCCUGCUCUCAGCUCCCUGAGGCCCCUCCUCAGACCGGCCUGCAUUUUACAGUGGCAACGGAGGAGGACUUUGAUGACAUCAUGGCCAUGAGCAAGGAUAUAUAUGGCGGCCUGGACUAUCUGCCCUCCCGCUAUCAAGCCUGGCUGCAAGAGAGCAACCGCACUGUCAUUUUGGCUCGCAAGCAAGGCAAAGUGAUUGCCCUGGAGUCAGUGUGUGUUAUCGAUGAUGGCGAGACCAUGCUGGUGGAAGGGCUUCGUGUUGCCCCACAAGAGAGGGGGAAAGGUGUGGCAGGGGUACUUCUUCGCUUUUGCUCCCAGCUGGUUAAGUCCAAGUACCCCGACGUUAAAGUCAGCAGACUGACCAGAGAUGACCAACUUGGGCCAAAAGACUUCCAGAAGUACCGGCUCAUCACCAAACAGGGAAUCCUUCUGGUGCGCUUCCGUGCUGAAGACCUUAAAUUACGUCUUGCUGAUCUCGGGCCUAAUAUCACUGUAGCGGGGGAGGGUCUGUCCACCACAAACAUCCCGGUCCGUUUGGAGCCAGCAGAGGUGCAACAGCUCUUCCUAAGCGAUGUUCUAAUGCAGGCUGUCCUUCCCAAUGCCACCAUCGUUCAAGAUUGGCAGCCCUUCAAGCCUCUGCCUAGCAACAUGGCCAUCCUGCUGAAGAAGGACAUUGAUUGGAUGGUUGACGAUUCCAGGCGCCCAACCAUGGCCAGCUUGUGCACUUUCCCCUUCCGUGUGCCAAUCGGUGACGACUGGUACUACCUCAACAUCGAUAUGUUUGGUAAAGACCUGACGCUGGCCAUACAACAGCUGCUGUGCCACCUGAGGUGCCACACUGGCACUCUGAAGGGUUACGUCAUGUGUCAGGUGUUCCUGGAGCCUGCGCUGUGGAAGCCCAUGGCCGAUUUCUUUAGGGAGACCCUUAAAGUGGAGCUGGUGAAGGAGUACACAGAGCAGUGCGUGGUGGAGUCUGACGUCGUUUAGUCGAGGAGCCUCAGAAACACCUUCCCUUACAAUUAGGCACCAAACCUACAUAAACGAGAGAUUGAAAUUUAACAUCUCCCUCAAAUACGGCACCUAAAAGAAAAAAAAACAAACCUAAUAUAUCUACUGUAAAGGGACGAAAAAAAACUUCAGUUCUAUUCCGCUUAAUGAAAACGCUUUCAUAGGAUUUAAUUUAUUUUAACAACAACUAAUUCAAAUAAAAUGCAUGUAAAUGAACAAACUAGAAUAAAUGUAGUAGACGCUUGUUUAGGUUUAGAUUUAAUUUAUUUCCAUAUGCAGUACUGUAAACGGUGGCGCUGAUGGGACAGGGACUGGAAAAGAGGGGAGCAGUUUUAGAUUCUAUAAAAUGGGACCCAAAUUCUUUCCAGGCCCUUUCAUCUGUUGGCAUCACUGACAGUGAAAGCAUAUUUACUCAUGCGGAGUUGAAAAGAAAAACUGCACAAUCUUUAGGGCACUUUAUGAUAAAAGAAAAAAAUGGGAUCUCAUUUUAGUGUCUGUUGCUUUUUCAGAAUGUGGCACUGUAGCUGCUAAAGAGUUUAGAGGAAAAACAACAUUUCUGGGACAGGCUGCCUUUAUGGGGAUCUAUAUGGUCUUCAUAGGCAGUUUUAAUUAAUUUCAAAACACAAAAAAAUGCAAAAGUUUCAGACUGAACACCUUUCUAACAUGCUCCUUGAAAAAUUAGUAACUCUUCCUCUAAAGGUACUUUGCAGUGCUUUAAACUCUGUAUUAAAUUACAAAUGUCUGGCUAAAAACCUGCUUAUACAUUUAGAUUACAGUCUCAAGUUUUUGCUUUAAGUACUUGAACCUAUUCGCUAAAAUGAUGUUCUAUCAGUACUUGUACCUAACUGUAGAAGUGCAAUUUGAAUAAUACACUGGAAUAUUGCUAGAAGUACAUUCGGUUAGAUAUGAUUAAUAACUAAUAAUAAAACAAACAUGUACAAUGGUUUUAAAGUCAUCAUUUGAUUGACAUUUUAGUUCUAAAAUCCAUUUGGCAGGAUCACAUCUAAAUACAAAAGACAGGAAAUAUAAGUGUGUAAAUAAAUCUAUAUAUAAAUAAAUGUUUAAAUUAAUGUUCUUGUAGUUCAUUAAAAGUAUUUUUUUUUUUAUUUAAUUGAGACAUCACUAUGUAGGGAUUUUGUUACAUCGUAUACUUGUCAUUCAGAAGAAACAUGAUCUUAAGGAAAUUCGUCCAAAUUAGGUGCUCCAAUUACAAUAAAUAAAUAAUAAUAAGGAUCGUCUCUGAAAAUCUUACGCUGGCUCUUGUGAUUCACCCACGGAAUCAGGAAAACAAAUGAGGACAAUUGGAAACCUGAGCAAAACAAGUGACAACUGCUCAUCUCUAGAGUUUUUGAAGUUUGCAAUUGAUUUUUUAAAGUCGAAGGACAGACACAAUUUAUCAGAGGAAAAAAAUGGACAAAAUCAUAUAGAACACAUCAUCUGCUUCUAUUGACCUGAAGUGAAGAAAUUAAAGUGAAGAAUUACCAACAUGGAAAAAGAAGAACAGAAAAGGCCUUUAGACAUCCUCAGAAGCAUAUUUAGCUCCUUUGCCCCAAACCCAGAUUGCAGCGUGCUUUUCCAUGAAGCACUGUGGCAGAAGGACAUUCAAAUUCAGUUCAUUUAUAGCUUAAUAUAUACAUAUGAUAUAAUAUAUAAUAUACAGUAAUAUAGCUUAUGGUUUAAGCCCUCACAGAGUCAACCAACGAUUUGUUAGAAAUGCAUUUUAAUGCAAAUUGGCAUCCACUAAACUAAAGCCAAUUUUUUUUACUAAUUAUGUGUCUGGUUUGACUUCAUUUGGUGGACUUAUUUUGUGCCCUUGUGUGAACUCUCAACAUCCACUGAAGAAAAGGAGGCCUUCUCUCCUCCUUCAUUUGGACAGCUGCAUGUGGGACUUGUAUUGCGGUCAGUAUUUAUAAAUGGCAUACAGGCAGUCUUUUUUGGAUUCUGAAAGUCAAGGCAUUUUACAGAUUAUUAACUGUAAUUCCAAUGACAGUUUGUUGCAUUUGUAUAGGUGUACAUAUAUAUAAAUUUAUAUGUUUGUUUGGAAGGGGUGUGAUUUGAAAAGGGAAUCUUUGUUCAAGUUCUUUUACGACUGAAAUCUCGAAAUCCUUCAUGUCUGCUACAUGCUUUCAGAGGAUAAUCUUGAAGCACAAGAAACAGCAAUGCUUCAGUUCCCAUGAAAAUGCCAUUUUCUCAAUUUACAAAUGCAUCUACAAUUGAGUCAAGAGAUGAUAUUUUUAAUUUGCCUUUAAAGCACUCGUCAAAAUGCGACAUGAUGGAUUAGAGACCCACAAUGUGUUUUGGUAUGUGUUUUCUGUUGUACAUAGCGCAGUGCAUUUAGAUUUAAGUGUUAUGUAUUAUAUCGGUUUACUUACAAGGUGGAAGGUUCCCUAUAGGUACACUAGCCUCUAUAUUUAACUCUUACAUUCUUUCGUGUGACAUUUAAUAAUCCGGUAAUCAUUUAAGAACUUUUCUCUUUUAUUUAUUGUUUUUAUCUUUCAGCUCCACCUUUUAGCACUUUGGAUAUCUAAUUGCCUUUCUGAGUAUUUGUGAAUUGUGCAGGAGGUUGUAACUCUAUAUUUUACACAGGUCCUAGUGCCAGGUCCACCAGACUAUAAAAGGUUAGAGGCAUGUGACCACCUGAUGGUGGAGAGUUGUAAAGGAUACGUUGCCCCUUGUUUCGCUGGCGCACGAGGAGUGAACUUUAAACCCAUUUCUUUCAAUUAUGAAGUGGCUUUUCACUUUCUUUUUCUGGAAUGGAAAAAUAAGACAGGUUGCAGAGGGAGAUGAGAGAUGAAGCCGGGGCUACACUAGGAAUAGGUGGCGAGGAGAGGACAUGUGUUCCAGAUCGUGUUACCGUUUUAAAUAUGAGUAAAUGUACAUUUUAUAUUGUAAAGACGACAGCAGUUAGACUUGGAAUUAUUUGGAGAUGUGUAUUUGUGACAAAAAAGGGAAAUUGUCUUAAGCAAGAGAGGCCUUGUAUUGGUAAUAAGCGCCAACCGACUAUUUAGGAGGACAAACGUAGAUAGAUAAUCCAACCCAGAGCAGGAUAUCUGUAUUAUCGGACUCAGCGCUAAAGUAAUACCUCAAGUGCUAAGUCAUAAGAAAGCAAAUAUUAUACUCAGACACUUGUUAUCCUGUGUGACUGUGGGCCAGUUAAUGUUUCAGGGCUCGUCUCUGAGUAAGUGAAACUGGAUCUGGAGAGUGUCAUCUUGCGUAGAACAAGGGUUCACCCCAGACUCCCUUUACCUUCCACCUGAUCCCUGUCGGCUUGACACAUGGAAAGAGUGAGCAGGAGAGGUUAAAAUAAGAAGGCUGGGUUCCAGCCUUGUCAUACGAAUACACUGUCCUUUGCCACGCUGCUCUGUACCUACGCCUGGUUUUUAUGUUAUUUCAUGGUGGCAUCUUUGGUUUUUCAUUUUCCUGACUGCUUUGUAAUGUUUAUGAAGGGCUUUAUGUGUAUUAGAACCAGCUGUGUAUUGUAUGUUUUGUGAACGAGGGGAAAACCACCAGGGAGAUUUGUUUUCUUUAUUCCAAGUCACUAUUCGAACGUAAAAAAAAAAAAAAAAAACUUAACUGAAAGCCUUGUUCAGGCGAUAUCAGUUAAAUUGCUGAUUUGCACUAUCAGAGCUUCAACUCUGCUUCUCCCUAUGUUGUUUUCCAUAGGAAAAAAAACAUAUAUUGUGUCUAUACACAGAUGCUUCUGAAAUGGCUAAAUCACACAGGUAUUUUCACCUGUGGUGCACCAAGCUAUUUUGUUACAUUCAAUCUACAAAUCUAAUGCAGUAUUUGGAGGUAAAAUGCAACUAGAUCCCAGUGCAAAUUGUGUUUUAUCUCAUGCCAUGUCAGAAUCAUCCAACUCCGAUUGGAUUAACCAUUCAUCUAGCUGUUCUGAUGUGCUGCACUUUAUACUGUAGAUAUGUAGAUAUUCCAAAGCACAGGGGGGAUCUUCAUAAAACAUUAGUGUGGGUUGCUGUGACAGUCAUGGUCAUUCAGUGGAUCACGCUAUAUAUUUUUUUGUAAUCUGAAUAGGAGCAAGACCCUGCCUACGUAACGUUUUUAAAUUCAAGGAUAUUUUUAUUGGUGUGUUCCUGACUUUAUAGACGUUAAUAAAGCUCCUACUUAAUGACCAUUGUCUGAAAAAACCACACUGUACCUGUCUGAAACCGCUGAUGGACAUAUAUACCACUAUCAGCAAAGCAGGGACCAUGAUUUCUACAGACCUCAAGAAGGUGGUGGUUUGAAUGUCCAUGUCAUCCAUUCUCUUGAUGCAGCAGUGGCUGUUGAGUUUGUUUUCACUCGAGUCUUCCCAUUAGCCCUAGAUACAAACUGGGUGUCAUGUUUUGUGUGUUUGUGCAGAAUAUUUGAAAAUCUCCUAUGAUGGGAAACUAAUACUUGUGAUGAUUGAAAAAAACAAAAAAAAAAAAACUCAUGGCCAACUGUCAAUCAAGAGGGUGAAUACAGUUUCAAUGCUAUAAAAGCAUUUUGAUUAUAUGAAAAAAUUGUUUUCCGAUUUUUUUUUUUUAAGAUUUUUUUUUUAUUACCCAAUAUGACUGCUUAUUCUCAAGCAGUAAUGUGACAACUAAUGGAAAGUAUUUUAAUAUUUUGUUACCUUUGUCUGUUCCUUUUUUCAGAGAUUGUGAGAGAUGCAGAACUAUUUUAAAUACAGUAAUUUUUUAAAAACCUUAUAAUCCAUGAGAGGUUUUUGAAAUGUGCAUGUUGUGUGAGUGGGUGGGGAAGGGCUUUACAAUGAGCAUGUGACUAGAUUUACACUGAGCACAAAGACCUUGUACUAAUUUACAUUUAGAACCUGUCUAAUUGGAAUUGGUGAUAAUUGACAAAUUAAAUAACGAUUAAACAAUUAAAAAGUCUAGACAGCAUAUUUAAAAAGGCUAAAGGUAUUUUUUUUCUUUUCUUUUUUUUUGGCCACGAUAUACAUUUUUAGAUACUUUAGGCUAUACUUCACUAAUUGUAUAAAAGGUUUAAAAAAGAUCUAAUCACUGGUAAUGUUUUUUUUUUUUUUUUUUCUGUUUUUGCCUGCGGUAUUUUGUUGUAAUUGUGUGCAUCUCUAUAUACCUAUUUCUUUGUAUAUUUAACAAAUAACUCCGCUUGAAUAGUUUAAUAUACAAUAUAUAUUUAUAAAUGGUUCCAAAACUAGAAACUGUCACUUCUUAAAAUCGAUAUUACAGCAGCAGUCAUUAUGUAUGCUUUUUUUUUGUACUUUGUACUUCUUUCUUUUUUUUCUUUUUUUUUUACACUGUUAAAUUGAGUACAAAUCCUGGCUGAUAAACUCAGAAAGUCAGAAAGUAUUUGCAAAAUUCAUCUCAUUCCCUACUCUUUGAAUUGAAUCAUUUCAGUUUAAAUUUGCCUAAAAUGUUAAAUGUACCAAUGAAUGUUAGUAGGAAAUUGUAAAUGAUUGGAUGAACAAGAAUGAUCAUCCAGGAUGAUCGGGAAGCAGUUCAAAAGUGUGACAAGGCAUAUGGUAUGAAGUAAUCUUAUUUAAGUAAUGGAUAUGCUACUGGCUACGAAGCCAGUCUAUGUGCACAUGCUCUUUUGCAUUUUGUUACAUUAAAUUACAACGACAUGUGUAUGUUCAGUAUGUAUAGGACAGGUUUACUGCAUGUAAAUGUUUGUUUUUCUGUAACUUUAAACAAUAUGUAAAUAAUUCAUGUAAAAUCUAGAUAACACCUAAAUUCAGAGCUUGGUCUCUGCUGUCAAGUUUGACGAGAAAUUCUACUUAUAGUUUCCCAAAGAUCACAUGCUAAAUGCAGUCAGAAAUCCAGAUGAAGCCCAUGAAAACACAACUGUCAUGUUUACUUUCUGCCAUUUAAGAAAAAAAAAAAAAAAAAGCCCAAAACCAUAGGUUGAAAAGACCCAAAAUGGUGAAAUUCUGUGUAUCUUUCAUUGAGAUCCUUGGAAUUUUUGGAGAAUUUUCCUUUUUUCAACGACUGCGAUAUGUGAUGGAAAACAAACAGAGUCACUGCAGUCUUUUUGAUUUUCUUGGUUAAUGUCAACCUUUUGUUGUGUUUUUGUAUUACUUUACCCUGUGCAUAAUCAUUUAACAUUUUUAACAUUUUAACUAGUGUUUAUGUUGUCAGAGUGUUUGUCAUUACCUUUGUAACACCGUAAGCGUAAUGAGCUCUAUCUUUAAUGGCGACAGAUGUAAUGCGGUAAUUCAUUUGCAAGACUGAAAAUGUGGCAGAGAACAAACAGCUUUAUAUGAAGACCUGUGACUAACAUUUUGUUGAUCAAAUGAAUUUGUAAAAGGACUGGUGAGGUUUUAGCCACUUGCUGUAGUUGCAAUGCAGUAUCAGAAUGAACAAAAUGUAUCUAAAUAGCAUAGUUUAGAUGUUAUGCGCUAAGUGAUGUUUUCAAGUGAUGUAUUAGAAUAAUUGUUUUAUUUUCCAAGCUGUUAAUCAAAACUUAGUGUUAGAGAUAUUUGUGUGUGUGUUUACCUAACUGUAUAUUGUACUGCGAUUAGCAAUAAACAAACAAGCAAAGAAAAAAAUAAAAAAAAACAAAAAAGAAAGAAAAAAAAAGAAAAACCAAAACAACCUUUAAACAAA